AUGGAGAUACCCGAUCUGGAUCCCGCUGUCCACCUACACGCCCUUAAGGCCGGCCUCCGACCUGGAAAAUUCAGGGAAACGAUUGCGAUCACCAAGCCGAAGUCAUUGGAGGAGUUCCGGGAGAGGGCGGCCGGAAAAAUGGAAAUCGAAGAACUGCGUGAGGCCAACAAAACAGAAAGAAGACCUAAGAGAGAGGAGGAUCGAAUACUAAGGUCGGCUCAUAGCAAUGAUCUCGGCAAGCCAUUCAAACUUACUCCAAAGUUUGACAACUACACCAGAUUCAACACAAGGAGGGAAAAGAUAAUUAAAGAAAUACUCAACGCCAAGAUCAUAAAACCUCCAGCAAGAGCAGGCAGCUAUCAAGACCAGAGAUUCGUAGACAAAAGCAAACACUGUGCUUUCCACCAGAAAUACGGACACACAACCGACGAGUGCAUAAUAACCAAAGACCUCCUGGAAAGACUUGCUCGGCAAGGCCUACUAGAUAAAUACAUCGAAGGGAGGAAACAUAAAGAAAGUGAUAGAGACAAGGAGGAACGACAACCAGCCUCGGCCAACAAGGAAACCAACAAAUGGUCAAAUAGCAACCAACCCAAAGGGAUCAUAAACUGCAUAUUCGGGGGAUUUGCUGGAGGCGGCGAAACAACGUCGGCAAGGAAACGUAGCUACCGAGCUAUGCUAGCGAUCGAAGGAACCACACCACUAAACAACCAAGAUACGCCAGAUCUAGAAAUUACUUUCAACAAAGCAGAUAUAUGCUCGGCCGCCCCACACCUAGACGAUCCAGUGGUAAUCUCUAUCCAGACAGGCGAUCUAUUGGUAAGAAAAGUCCUUUUAGACCCAGGUAGCAGUGCAGACGUUCUCUUUUAUUCUACCUUUUUGAAAAUAAAUUUAUCUGAAAAACUCAUGCAACCCUCAUCCGGAGAACUAGUAGGAUUCUCCGGAGAAAGGGUACCAAUAAAAGGUUAUAUAUGGUUAAAAACGACAAUGGGUGAAGGUCCAUUAUCCAGAACCCUUGACAUACAAUACCUAAUAGUUGACUGCAUUAGUCCCUACAAUAUUAUUCUUGGGAGACCUGCUCUGAACAUGUUCAGAGCAGUGAUAUCAACUUUUCACCUAUGUGUUAAGUUUCAGGCACAAGACGGCAGAAUAGCAACAAUUCACUCAGACCGACAACAAGCUCGACAGUGCUAUAAUUCUAGCCUAAAGAGGUCGGACACAAGGCAGAAACAACACGAGGUCAAAGCAGUACAAACCAUGGAGGAAGUCCUAUCCCUAGCCGAGCUCGACCCCCGAGGAGACACCCCAGAAAGACCCCAACCAAUAGACGAGCUUUAG